CGUGAGGGCCGCAAAUUAUCACACAACUUAACAUUCAUCUCCAACUGACGCAGCGCGCGGUCACGUGGUUCCCACUACAAAUUCGGCGAGUUUUCCCUGCGCGUCCCCAGUCCGGACCGGCGCAGCGUGAGUCAGACAUGUCGGGACCGGCGAGCGCGCACGGAGCGACGAGGAGAUGGGCGGCGAUGCUGAUCGUCCUUACGGGGCUGGCGCUAGCACAGGCCGAGGAGCUGGCGGGGGACAACCGCUACCCCUACAGUGCCCAGACUGCCGACCCACUGCGAGAAUUCCUCCAGCAGUACAGCGGCAGCGCGGAAACAUGGCUGCCGGCCAAACGCGUGGCGGAGUACGUGUUCGGACAUGGACGGACAAAUGAUCUGGAGAACCGACAGAGGAUGGCCUGGCUGUACAAGGUCAUCAAUUCCCUGGAAUCAGCCGGAAGCAAGUCCUAACGCGUCAUCACAGACGUCAUGCUGCUUCACUGACGGCCAGCCAAUCAGAAAAAACGGAACGACUAACUAAUCAGAUAUUUGAAUUGACAAUCAGAACUUAGGCAGUAAGACGUUAGGAAUAGAUACAAUUUCAAUUUGAUUUUUCUAAUUCAUAGGUCAAGGUAGAUGGCAACAGAACAGCGUGUCUGCAUCCACGUGACCAUGACGUCACUACUAUUCGCCAUGUUGGAGGGUUAAGCCUACCGGAUGUUGGGUUAAUUUGAAAUUCUAUCUGUACCCACAGUGUUCUAGUUUUAACAUGGGUAUACAUUAUAGACUUCACGGGAUUUUAAAAAUUUCAGGUAGGUGGGAUUCCACAAUCGUGCUAUUUCGAUGCUUUGAAAAUCCUCCACCAAAUUCAAAUGAAAACAUUUGUUUGAAUCUUUUAUCCAUUCAACUUGCAAACUAAAAAUCAAACUGACGGUCACAAUCGAGCUUUUUUCUCACAAUAUGGUCCUAGUUCGUUUUAUUUUGAAGUUCGAUACCUCGUGAAGAUUUUAAAAAACGACGAACACACUUUAAAAAGGGCCGAUGAAUUCCCGGAAUCUGACGGGCACGGAUCAUGGACUAGAGAACAACAGAGGCUCAUGUUUCACCGCCAUAAACAACAGGAAGCACCCGAGUUUGUUUGUUUGUUUGUUUGUGCUUUGUUGUCACUUUGGUGUAUCAAUAAAACUUCCCUUUGAAA